ACCCUUUUUUUCCUUCUUCUUUUUAACAUACAACGUAUCACAUUCAAUCAGCAUAAAUUAUCCUAAUUCUGAACUGAAAAUUUAAAGAAAUCGAUUUCAUCAGUUUGAUUCUCACCACUCGAAAGCAAAAAGUCUUGCUAAAAAACUCAGUUUUCUGUUAUUGAUUGGGUUUUCUUCUGUGUGCUAAGAAGAAGUAGAAGGAAAAGAACUAGUGUUGCAAGAAUGAGGAAGAAGGUAGACGAACGUAUCAGGACUCUGAUUGAAAACGGUGUCAAACUGAGACACCGUUCCAUGUUUGUCAUCAUCGGUGACAAGUCUCGUGACCAGAUAGUGAACCUCCAUCAUAUGCUGUCAAAGGCAGUGAUUAAGUGUAAUCCGAGUGUCUUGUGGUGCUACAAGGACAAACUUGACAUUAGCAGUCAUAAGAAAAAGCGUUCGAAGCAGCUGAAGAGAAUGAGGGAGAGGGGACAAUUGGAUCCAGAGAAACUUGACGCAUUCUCGCGUUUGCUUGAUGUGGGGAGAGUAACUCAUUGCUUGUACAAAGAUUCUGAACGAAUUCUGGGAAAUACUUUUGGCAUGUGCAUCUUACAGGAUUUUGAAGCUUUGACUCCCAAUCUACUAGCAAGGACUAUAGAGACUGUGGAAGGUGGUGGGAUGAUUGUAAUAAUAAUACGAUCACUUGCAUCGCUUACUAGUCUGUGCACAAUGGUUAUGGAUGUCCAUGACAGAUUCCGAACUGAGUCGCAUUCUGAGGCUGCCGGCCGAUUUAAUGAACGUUUUCUGCUAUCAAUUGCAUCAUGCAAAGCAUGCGUUGUCAUGGAUGAUGAGUUGAAUAUAUUACCGCUUUCCUCGCAUAUCAGAUAUAUUACGCAAGUUCCAACAGAAAUGGAUUCCGAGGGGCUUUCUGAGGCAGAACGAGACCUGAAGAGUUUGAAAGAUGAACUAAGUGAUGAUUUUCCAGUUGGUCCUUUAAUCAAGAAAUGCUGUACACUGGAUCAGGGUAAAGCUGUUGUCACAUUUUUUGAUGCAAUUCUGGAUAAGGCGCUCCGUAGCAUUGUUGCUUUGAUUGCUAGUCGAGGGCGUGGAAAGUCUGCUGCACUUGGUUUAGCUGUUGCCGGGGCUGUUGCUGCUGGGUACUCAAAUAUUUACAUUACUGCUCCAAGCCCAGACAACUUGAAGACAUUCUUUGAAUUUGUUUGCAAAGGCUUUGAUGCACUUGAAUAUAAGGAGCACCUUGAUUAUGAUGUUGUGAAAAGUGCGAAUCCGGACUUCAAAAAAGCUAUUGUACGGAUAAAUAUCUUCAAGCAGCAUAGACAAACUAUCCAGUAUAUACAACCGCACGAGCAUGAGAAGCUCUCACAAGUAGAGCUGCUGGUUAUUGAUGAAGCGGCAGCUAUUCCUUUGCCAGUUGUGAAGUCUUUGCUCGGUCCUUAUCUAGUUUUCCUAUCGUCAACUGUCAGCGGCUAUGAAGGCACUGGUAGAUCUUUAUCCCUGAAACUCCUCCAACAAUUAGAUGAGCAAAGCCGGGCUCCUGCUACUGGUCUUGAAGGCUCUCUUUCUGGUUGCCUUUUCAAGAAGAUAGAACUUAAUGAGUCUAUUAGAUACGCUUCUGGAGAUCCAAUAGAAUCCUGGCUUAAUGGCUUACUUUGCCUUGACGUUGCUGCUAGUCUGCCUAAUCCUGCAUGCCAUCCUCUACCAAGUCAGUGUGAUCUGUAUUAUGUCAACCGAGACACACUCUUUUCUUAUCACAAAGAUAGUGAAUUGUUUCUACAGAGAAUGAUGGCGCUAUGUGUCUCUUCUCACUACAAGAAUUCUCCUAAUGAUCUUCAACUGCUGGCUGAUGCUCCUGCUCAUCAUUUGUUCGUGUUACUUGGUCCUGUUGAUGAGUCACAAAAGAAACUUCCUGAUAUACUCUGUGUUAUCCAGGUCUGUCUCGAAGGACAGAUAUCUCAGAACUCAGCCCUCAAAAGUUUAAGGGAUGGUCAUUCACCACAUGGAGACCAAAUUCCAUGGAAAUUUUGUGAACAAUUCCGGGACAUUGAAUUUCCACAUCUUUCUGGUGCUCGGAUAGUACGCAUAGCAGUCCACCCUAACGCCAUGAAGAUGGGAUAUGGUUCUGCUGCAGUUGAACUCUUGACCAGAUAUUUUGAGGGUCAGAUUGCUCCUAUCGCAGAAGCAAAUGAUGAAGCUGAUGUAGAGCAAUCACCCAUUAGAGUUACUGAGGCUGCUGAGAAGGUCUCUAUGCUCGAGGAGCAAGUCAAGCCUCGCACAAAUCUUCCACCUCUAUUGGUUCCACUCCAUGAUCGACGACCUGAGAGGCUCCACUACAUCGGUGUCUCCUUUGGGCUUACUUUGGACCUCUUCCGGUUUUGGAGAAAACAUAAUUUUGCUCCAUUCUACGUUAGCCAAAUCCCAAGUGCUGUGACUGGUGAGCACACGUGUAUGCUUCUAAAACCUUUAAAGACUGACGAACUAGAAGUCAGCGAGUCGGAGUUGGGGUUCUUUGCUCCCUUCUAUAAAGAUUUCAGGAUAAGGUUCUCUAAGCUGUUGAGUGAUAAAUUCAAGAAGAUGGACUACAAACUUGCAAUGAGUGUCUUAAACCCCAGGAUCAAUUUCUCGGAGGUUGAUUCUUCAGGGAAUUCAUCAGAAGGAUUUUUGAAGACACUUGACGGUAUACUUUCUCCAUUUGAUAUGGAGAGGCUUAGAGAAUAUACCAACAAUAUGACUGACUUCAAUCUGGUUUAUGACAUCUGCAAAACACUGGCACAUCUGUAUUUUCAAGAGAAGCUCCCUGUAUCACUGUCAUACGUUCAAGCAUCUGUAUUGUUAUGCUUGGGAUUGCAGGAGUCGGAGUUCUCUAGCGUCGAGAGACAAAUGCAGUUGGAGAGGGGACAGAUACACUCUCUUCUCUUGAAGGUCGGAAAAGAGUUAUACAAUUAUCUGAACGGAAUUGCAGCAAAGGAGAUUGAAUUAACACUCCCUCGUUUGAAAAGGAGAGUGCUUGAACCAUACAAUGUAUCGGUCGAUGAUGAUCUCAGGGAAGGAGCAAAACAAGUCGAGGAACAAAUGAUGGAGAAGAAGAUUGAAGGAUCGAUGGAUCCAGAGCUUCAACAAUAUGAAAUUGGGGACAAAGAAGCAGAGGCUCUGCAACAUUCAAAAAUCCCUUCAAGUGGUAUUAUCAGUGUUAAAUCUAGCAAAUUGAAGGAUCAAAAUGGAGUUGAUAGAUCCACCAAAAAGAGAAGCAAUGAUAAGCAUUCUUCUUCCUCAAAAUCCAAAUCUUCCAAGAAGAGAAGAGCCUAAUGGAGUUUUUUUCUUCUAAUUAUAACAAUGAUCAACACAGUUUUGAGCAUGAGCGAUAAAAUUUUAUAAUCAGAAAUUUUGGUUUAUAUCCGUUGUAAUCUUAAUAUAUAUAUUUAUUUUUAAU